CAAAAAAAAAAUGCCAAAUACCCAUCAUAGAUAGUGUAACCAGACACGUGCUUGAAUAUUGAAACAAAAUAUUUUAUUUAUCUUAAUUCAAAAUGAAUUGUUUCGGCGAAUCGGUUAAAUUAUCCACUAUUUAUGAUGAUUCUUUUCAACCAUAUCAUCAAUCAUUGAUGGUUAGUCGCAGAAACAAAGAUCAUGUAAUUAUAAGCGAAUCGGCUAAUCUGGUCAGCAAAUAUGAUAUGAGUAUAAAGCCAAUGGUUGCUUUGCAAAGUUGGUCAUUUGAAGAACUUAAUCGACUUAUUGUUCCAGCAGUAUUUGAUGAUUGCUGUUAUCCAAAUCGUAUAGUUGCUGUGCAUAGUUGUAAUACGUUAAUCGAAUGGAAUAUCGAUGAUGAUGAUGAUAAUAGGAAACAAUUAUCUCAGGUUUUCAAAAAGAGCUUUCCAUUAGAAAUAAUCGACAUACAUUUACUAAAUGGUGCGAAAUCAGAUAUAUUGAUCAUAUUUAUCAAUGGCUGGAUAGCAACAUUGAACCAAAUUAAAGCAGGUUAUUUUUCCGAAGAUGAUUGUCAAAAUGUAAUCGAUGAACAAGAAAAAAUUCAAUGGAUUGAUAAGUCUCUUUCGAAACGUAAAAAAAUAAAUAUCCACUAUAGAACGAUUGAUAAGAAUGGACAAAAUAUGUAUAUUUAUCGUUUAAAAAUCAUAAAUGGACGUAUUGAAUCGAAUGAAAAAUCACAAAUCAAAAUUGAUUAUGAUGUUUUUGGAUUUGAUGGACAACGAGUUCUUGGAGCUGUAAAACAUGAGGAUUGUAUCAAAGUAUACGAAGUAAUUUCGCAAAUUCAAGUUUAUCAAUUUGAAUUGCCAUCAUUCGAAACUUUAUGUUCAAUGGCCAUUUGUCAUAGUGGAGCUUACGGUUUUAUUGGCCGUAAAUCGAAUGGUCAAUUUGUUGUUGAUGUUUUUGAAUGUACCUAUUGUAUUCGUAUUGGUUCGCUCAAUCUCGAUCUUGGAGAUGUAUUUUUCCAAAGAUUUUGUGCACUUAUUGAUACAUUGGUGGUGACUAGUGCAAAUUGUAUUCUCUUUCUGCCGAUUUCCAAUCAAAAACCUUUGCUUUCCCAAUUGCUAACGAAAGGUCUUACGGAAUCAUGUUUCGAGGGCACGACUAAUCAAAUCAGAAUGGCCAAUAACAAACAAUUCAAAGAACGAUUGGGAAUACUAGAAUUUUCUAUCGAUGACGAUAAUGAUCAAACUAUAUCAUUAGAACGUCUAAAUCAGAUGAAUAAAAAUUUUGAUGUUAUUUCUCGCCAGGAGCAUGGGCUAUCCGAAGAAAUUAUUGCACAAAUGCUCCAUUUCUGUACGAAACAACACCUUGCAUUAUCAAGUGAUCCUGAUGAUCAAAGAUUGAAACGAAUUCACGACUUAUUCGAGAAAUUAGUUAAAUUACCUUUUAAUGAGACAUUUAUGAUCUCUUGUCUAAAAUCAUGUCGAAUAUCGUCUUCACAAUCCUUAUUAGCUAUCGAAUGGAUACUUGAUCUAUUACCAAGCGAUAAUUGUUACCUACUUUCAUGGAUAUCGGUCUUGUUGGAUGCGAAUUAUCAUCAAUUUAUUGUUCGUCCGAAUAUUCAAGUGUUACAUACACUUAAACGGAUUCGUCAACGAAUCGAUGAUAAUAUUGAUUUCUAUCAACAAUUAAGCUCAAUAGAAUCGUUUAUAGAAUUAUUCGAUAAACGAAAUCGUUCGUUAUGGAAAGCUAUCAAUGCUGAUUCAUCAGAAAAUAUUGGUGAUUAUUGUAUUGAACUUUUGACAAUACCUUGAAUAAAAAAUAAAUUCAACAUUGUAUAUCAUUA